AUGGAACCCACAGGCACAAUCGCAAAGGCGCUUAGCAAGACAACACAAAUCUGGCAAGUGCGAGCUUGCGAAGGCAGACGAGCGGGCGACGGUCGUCUGAACUCCGAUCAGGGUGGCGAGCACGACGUCCCUGGAGCUUGGGACGAAGCUGCGGCCAACAUCCAAGCCACACACAACGGCGACAGCGACGUCGGCCGUCACUCUGCACCGGCUCCCGCCAAUUGUUGGCGGCCGUUUGCAGCUGUUUCGAUGCACGGCGUCGAUCCCUCGCCAACGAUCCGGACAAAGAGCGACGCGCUGGAUCCUCAUCCAAUUGCGUCCUCUCAUCCGUACUUUGAACAAAGACGCCAAGCUCCCAUGUCGGGUGCCUGUCGUCACCACACAUCCAUGAUUCCGGCCGGCGAAAGCGCCGAUGCCGGAUCGGGCCGUGCCCAUCUGAGCCCUUCCGUCGUUUCCGCAGGAUACGGAUCUGCAGCCGCCGCUUCGACACAGGCCGCGCAACGACCUUCUUUGCAGGGAGAGCGGGGCUUGCCGUAUCCAUUCAUCUUCUCGCCUUGGUACUGGCUGCUCAAGUUGGCGGCCACCUUCUUCCGCGGCGUGACCUACCUCAAGCGCGGCACAGAGCGUUAUCUGCGUAAUCUACCUCCCUUGGCAGGGAUCGCCCGCGAACGGCUCCAGGUGCCUUCGCGCGACAAGGGUCGCUUCAUCGGCGUCGACCUGUACAGACCUGCAGAUGCUCCAGCCACCGCCAAACUGCCAGUCAUCGUAAACUGGCAUGGAUCUGGCUGGCUCAUUCCGAGCUGGGGCGAGGACCGCGAGUUCGUCAACCAGGCCGUCAAGGCUCUGCGCUGCAUCGUGCUCGACUGCAACUACCGCAAGGGGCCCGAGUAUCCGUAUCCUGCUGCGCACGACGAUGCAGACGACGUCGUCGAAUGGGUGCUCUCCCAGUCCGAGCGCUUUGACAUCGACAAGGUGGCGCUCUCGGGCUUCAGCGCCGGCGCCGCGAUGGCACUCAGCACCAGCAAUGCCUUCUCGGGCAAGAUCCGUGCGCUCUCGGCGCUCUAUCCGCCCAUCGACAUGUGCAAGUCCGAAAUGCCUCCCAAGCCCACACGCCAGCCUCGCAGCGGUGUCUAUCUCGCUCCGCGUGUGGUAAAGCUGUUCAACGACUGCUAUGUUCCCGAUCUCGAGGACAGGAGCGAUCCAAGGCUGGUCAUCGCUGGCCUCGACACCGCGCGUUUCCCAGACAACAUCUUUAUCGCCACUGGCGACAUCGACCUGCUCCACAAGAACGACAAGGAGUACUUCGAAAAGCUUGCCGCUACCCAUAAGAACAAGACGGUCAAGUUCGUCUCCGUGCCGGAAGAAGAGCACGGCUGGGACAAGAACCCGCUCGUGCCCGAAUCCGUCGAGGCACGCGACAGCGUCUACCGUCAGAUGUUUGACAACAUCAGCCAAGCCUGGGGCAAGUGA